ACCAGUUGAGUCCAACGGUCAGAACCUGCAGCCGGGUGGACGAGCUGAGCUGCUCCAGCGCCUUCAGCAUGCAGACAGCUGGCAGCCUGUCGGAACCGAACCGCAGGAACUGAACCGGACCGAACUGGACCCCAGGAACCGAACUACACGAACCAAACUACAGGAACUGGACCGGACCGAACUGGACCCCAGGAACCAAACUACAGGAACUGGACCGAACCGAACCGCAGGAAAGGUUUUCAUCCUCCCUCCGCUACAGAAACCAUCCAUGAUGCUCCACCUUCUGCUGCUCCUGUGCUUCCCUCCAGCUGUGGCCUGCUGUCCUCCAGUCUCCCUGUUCUGCUACACCUGCGUGUUUCCGGCCGUCUCUCCUCUGGACUGCAUCCGGUUCCCUCUGAAGUGUCCGCUGGGGCAGCUGUGCCUGUCCAGCCGGGCCGUGGGGCAGAAAGGUGACCUGCGGGUGGUGCUGUACGAGAAGAGCUGCGUCCUGCCCGCGCUGUGUGGAGUCACCGGGGAAAAGUACGCUCUGGGUCUCAACUUCACCUUCAUCAACGAAUGCUGCAACACACACCUGUGCAACGUGGCCGGCCGCCCCGCCGGGCCCCCGCUCUGGACGGCCCUGCUGCCCCUGCUGGCUCUGGGCUCCGCUUGGUGAGCAGAAGGACAUGAACGCAUCAUGGAAACGACCCAGGGAGCGAAUACUUCUGAUUCCAGAUACAACAUGUUUCAGAGUUUCAGGUGAAACUAAAACUACUCUCUGAAUUAAACAGCAGAAACUUCAGAAAUGAUUCCAACCAACUGAGCUUUUCCUGUUUUGGUAUUUUAUUCACAUUUAUGAGCAACACAAAGUCAAGCAGGAAAUCUGAACCGGAGGGAAACAGAAAUCCUCCUUGGAGCCAAAAUAUUAAAACUCAUCUGAUGAAAGAAUAUCUUGUGCCUGAAAUGUGAUUAUAUGCUUAUGAUAAACGAUUUAGAGUCUGAGGCUGGAUAAAUGCUGGAACGUUACCAUGAUGUUUAAAUGUCCCAGAAAAAAGGUUUGGCUCCAACAUUCAGUCAACAAUUAUAUGACUUACUUUUUGUGUCCAGGUUUGUGGAUUAAAUUCAAAAUAACAUGAAAUAAUCUCAGUAAAACCCAUAAAUCAAAGAGAAGUUGCACAUUUUAGUUGGACUUUGAUAAAUUCUUUCACUUUAUGCGGAGUUCGGCACCAAACUGGACGUUUUACUUAAAGUGUAACUAACCAAGCUGGACCUUUAGAACCAACAGGACCAUUCAGCUGCAGUAGCCACACUUCAACCCUAGAGGGCAGCACUGACACGAGGUUAGGUCAAAUAUUACAGAAUUAGUCUGAAAAGUCCCAAAAACGUUUUAUGUUAUUAUGUUGCACAAACAGACAUCAGCAAAUAAAAUAGAGCAACAAAAAAAGAACUGCAGAAAAAUAUCAGACUCAUUCUGUCAACAAUGUUUAGGUUUUUAUUGCAUUAUUUUGGUCAAGUCUGAACUUUCUCUGCUUUGUGUUUAUAGA